GGUGGUUGGCAACUCGGCCGCAUCAGCUGUAAUUUUUAGGUUAUAUUAGUCGGUUUGUUAUCGUAAUUUUUAAGACCACCGCACACAAAACAUGCUCCGGAGUUUACGUCAAUUAUCAAAACUAGGAAGAUGCCUAAGAACUCCAGUCGCUGUCUGCAGUCUUCACAAAAUACCAGCCAGUUCGAGACUUUAUGCCCCGUUGCACACUAACAUCAUUGCACUGAAAUAUGAUAAGAAAUCUUCGCAAGCGCCGGAAGAUUUUGAUAGCGACGAUGAGGCCGAUGAGGACUUCAAGGACGAAAGGGACUCCAAGGUGAUCAAAACUAAAGUAAACUCGCUGCGGGCUGAUCUUCUACUCAAAGCUGGUCUGGGCAUGGCCAGAAACAAAGUGGAACUAAAUUUCUAUGAGAGCAAGAUACGCGUCAAUGGAAAAAAGCUGCCCAAGAAGAGUGCUCAACUCGAAAUCGGCGAUGACAUCGAUGUUAUCAGGGGCUUUAGUCAGUCCAAUCCAUCUCACCUUGUCGUAGCACGCGUCUCAAUACUUUCCGCCAGCGAACGUCAGGAAGGACUUAGUGUCCACCUGCGGCGAUAUAAAUCCCUGCUGGUCGAGAAUUAUCAAGGACACAAUGCCUUUAAAUCUUCCGAACACGUUGCUCACUAAAUUCGCCCUAGGAAUAAAUAGUUUAAACUUAAAACAAACAAGCUAUAUACUGAUUUUACUUCGGUUAUUAUGACUUUAAAAACAAAAGAAAAACUUGAAAACAUA